UCAUACGUUUUCACUUUCUACGGACAAGCUGAACGAUGAUUCCCGUAAAGUAUACACGGAUAUGUGCGACGGUGUGGGUGAUCUGCGCCGUGCUCAGCGCGGCCGCGGAGCCCGGCGAUAACAACGCGACCACCACCAAGACCAUCCGCACAACCAUUCUGCCAUCCCGGACCACCAGGACCGAGCUUAAGGUCUCUCGGAGUCUCAACCCUCUCACCACGGAGACCCUCAACGUAAGGACCAAGUCUGGACAUGUCACUCAACUUAUCGUCAAAAAGAAAGACAUGAAGUCGACUACGCACGCCAGCACAAGCACGCCGGCCCCCACCACUGUCUCCGUGAAGACGACCUUCCUCAACACUACGGGGGAGGACAGGAAUAAAACUGAGGGUAGAGAUCAGAGAAAACUUAAUUACAUGGGAACAGUUAACAGUGACCUCGCCGGUUUCGAUUACUAUGUGAAUCGUGACAAGGACGAAAGUUUCAGUGAUGUAAAAGCGGAGUACGGGAACUGGUCCCCGGUGUCCGUGUACCCCGAGUCUCAUAUACAGGAGGAUGGCGGGAAACCGGACGUCGACCCCGAGACCGCCAGCUAUUACCCCACGUAUGAUAACGACAAAAAAACUGAAAACAAAAAAGUUUACAUAACCUCGUCAAGUUUUCUCGAUUACGGUGGACGUGUCAAAAAUUACAGAUUCGAUCCGCAUAAUCCAAUAAUCAAAAACGAUAGGAACCCAGUGUAUAUUGAAGUGGUUAGCACAAAAGUGUCAGAUGGUGAUGGUGAAAAUAUUAAAGUGCCCGACCCUGUGAUAGUGAAUUCCGAUCCAACGUACGUUAAAAAGGCAAUUGAAAAAUACAACAACAAGCGAGGCAGAUCCAUUUUAUCUAUCGGCGACGAUGGAAUUCCGGAAAUACACGGCAUAAGGAUGCCCGACGACGAGUCCGACAAGAAGACUUGGCGUAACGCUCGAGUGGUCAACGGUGAACUGGUACCCUACCCCGAAGGUUAUACUCCUCCGCGGGCGAUCCCCGAGGCGGACGUGUACCCGGACAUAGCGGCCGCCGAACCCUCACAGAGCUUCGGCCCCUUUACAAAAGAGGACAACUUUAAGCACAAAGACGGACCGUUCACAAAAUUUGACAACGUGAAGUUUGAGGUCGAUGACGCAAUUGGCUCUUAUACUAUUAAUAAUAGUCCAAAUUACGCGUACAAACAAAAAAAAGACAGCCAUUAUUUGAAAUCCAACUACGGUCCCUUCACCAAGGCCGAUAAUUCGAAAGUGGCAAACUCAAAGCUUAUCGAAUACAUCAAGCAGAUCAACGAACAAGAAUCGAAGCGCGAUUACUUCAGCGGGCGCAGCUCGCGUGCGCACGGGGACCUGGACUACUCGGAAAAUCAUAUUCAAAGACGAAUGCUUCAACAUCCAGGAGAUGUUAAUUUUCCCAACUCAAUAGCUUAUACGCCUAAGAAUUCCAAAAUAAGUUUUGACGAAAGAAAUCCCGUUUUACAAUACGCCCACCCUGAACUCGGCGUGCAGCCGGCCAAGGCGACACGCGACGGCCUCGACAACUACGACACUAUGCCAAGGAAAGUGAAAUAUUACACAAGUGUCCCGAAGAGCGCCCACCCGUAUCCCAUGGAACCUAUCGGCUACACCCAGCAGCGCUCCCAGAGCAAAAUACCCUCCGGCAAUAGAUACUAUGAGGACGAAUACAACAAGUUCUCUUACUAUGAACGCAAUCCCAGUCCGAAGUACCCUUACACUUACGGAUAUGUAAAACGUAUGCCCGAACCUUCACUGUGGAAAAGAUUCACA